GCACAGAGCAACUUGACUUAAGUCUGGACACAGGUUUCAAAGAUUGCACCGUGGAUCAGAGCUGACUUUUUUCCUUCUCUUGGUCAAAGGAGGUACAGCAUGUCCGAAAUGCUUGACGAUAUUUUAACAAAGAACUUCCUGAACCUGGCUCUGGACGACGCCCUCCUCCAGCAACAGUCUCAACUCAAAGCACCAGGGCAGAGUCGGCUGAACCGGUCAGCCUCCUUCUUCUCUCCUCCCUCCCCUCCUGCCACCUCGAGCCUCAGCAGCUUCAGCACAGAGCAUGUCAACAGUACUGACAACAACCCUAUCUGGCCAUCCAACAUCUGGAGCCAGGGCCCUGUGUCCAAACCGAAGCAGCAGCUGCCCUUCAGGCCCGACCGCUCCAUGAGCCUGACCGAGUCCAGCAGCAGCCUGCUCGCUUCGUUCGGACAGCUGAAGACCCUAGAGGGUUUUACUUCAGGCCCCGCUACAACUACUGUGGCUCCUCCACCGGGUUUCCCUGCCUCCUCCGCCCUCCCUGCCCAGAUUCAACCAAUGGUUUCCUCUAAUCGUUACAAGACAGAGCUGUGCCGUGGCUUUCAGGAGACCGGCAGCUGCAAGUACGGCAGUAAGUGCCAGUUUGCCCAUGGUGAGGCCGAAUUGCGAGGACUCUACCGCCACCCCAAGUACAAGACGGAGCCCUGCAGAACCUUCUACAACUUUGGCUACUGCCCCUAUGGCUCCCGAUGCCACUUCAUCCAUGAAGGGAUGGUCAGUGGAGGUCCCCUACCAUCCAGUAAAUUCCACAACCAGCAGCAGCCUCCCACUGCAACCAAUGGGCGCCACCAGUUGCGCCAGAGUGUCAGCUUCGCUGGUUUCCUUGAUUCCUCACGCAGCUACUCUCCUCCAUCAUUCCCUUCAUCCUUCAACGAUCCCAACAUGGUGUUCAGCCGUGCUCCCUCUGUUUCUCCACCUCCUGCUGAUCUUCUCUCCCCUGUCUUUGGGGACUCCCUGCAGCGGGAGGCCGCAGCAUUCCACUUUGGCAAGCAUACGACCCGGGCCAGCACCGGAGACAUCCACAACAUUCCCCUCAUCCUAGAGCCCAAGGCCACACGCUGUGUGUGCGGCCAUGGGAAUAACUUUAACAGCAACAACAGCAAAGUCUUUGAUAUGGAGGACGGGCACCUCCACCAGGAAAAUGGCAAGCUGUUUCCCGCUCCGGGUGGAUUUCAGAAGCCUGGUGGACUCCAGCGCUUCUCCUCCGAAGACUCCCUGGAGGACAGUUACAGCAGCAGCAGCGGAGGCUCCAGUGGAUCAGAGUCUCCAACUUUCGAUAACUCUGCCACCAAGAGGCUCACUGUGUUCGAGCGGCUGUCCCUGUCUGACUAAAGGGUCCAAAGGGAAAGAACAGAAGAGAACUGACACUUUGUCAACUGUGUCUAUAAAUCUGGACUUUCUUCAGAACCAGAACUGAUCAGGACAAGUCAAAAUCUGAUGAAAAAAUAACACUUAAGUUCUUAAUUUAUGUUUGUAAAAAUGGAACUCAACAUGGAAAAACUACGCAUACUGAGAUAAUUUUAGUACCAAAUCUUAUCAGACUAUUUUUAUACUUAACAAUGAUAUGUAGCCCAGCAGACCUUUGUAUGUGGUCUUCCAGUCAAAUUAACUUCUCUGCAGGUCUUGCCAGUACCAGUCAAAAGCAUUGUUUGUACUUAAAUUUGUAGUGAUCAAAAUGGCUUUAUCUUUAGGGAAAUUAAUUAAUUCCUGUGCCUUUAAAUAUUCUCCAUGCUUCAUGGGAUAUUUACUCUUGGUGCCAAAAACAGUAUGUUUGAUUCAGUAGCCUUAAUCAGUGAGACCUCACAUGUGUCAUUGAUGCCAUUAUAUCUGUGAUAUGCACUUUACAGCUAAUUGAAAAGGGAGAAACUGUCAAAUCUCCCUGUAGCAUUCAACCAAAGCUUCAUACUUCACUCUGCCGUGUGUGUGUAUGUUUGUGUGCAUGACUGUCUGUAUAUAUGUGCGAGUUUGGGUGUAUGUGUCAUCUUUCAAGAACCUGGGGUGCAAGUAUGCAAGAAAAAAGUGAGCUGCAGAAUGCUGAUAGAUCAAAGUGUGCCUUAUAAGAUUAACCUCUGUAAAAGAUUCUGUUAUCUUUACUAGUUUGUAAUUUGCACCCCAUCUUCUCUCGUCCCCUAUUUGUUCGACAACCUGGUUCAGGGACUUUAACACCGCAGUAUUCCUUUCGGUUAUUGGUUGCCUUGUGAUGUUUAACUUAAACUAAUAUAUUUAUUAUGAUAUUUAUUUGUGUUUAAAGGAAACAGAAAUGUAUUUUCUACUUUAUUUAUGGAGGAAUAUUUCAAUGUCUGUGAAAUACCAAUGUGAGAAAAAGCAGUAAAAAAGAGAAUCUUAUAUUUUUAAUUGUCAAAAUAAAUUUCUGAAUAAAUGAAAGAAA